CGCCUUCGAGAAGGGACACGCGCCGGUCGGUCCUGCGAGUCGGUACGCGAAAAGAUAGAUUUCUGUAUCGGAGUUCGUGCGAAUAACGCAGUGCAGUUAUAGUUGAUUAUCUGUGAAUUUUAUUGGCACAUUCAAAUACAGUUGAGUUCUAAUUAAAUAAGUGUUAAGAUCAGUGCUUUCCCACCCGGGCUUUUCCUUAUCCUGACAAAAUCCAAACCACAUUCUUUACAAUGCAGGACUCACGAUUACUAAGAGAAGCGGCAAAAGAUUUGGAAAAUGGGAAUAUGAAUAUUAGAGAGAAGUUUAGAAAAAUCGCUAACGUUUUUAUAAACGGUAAUACUUUGUCUGCACAGGAAGCUGUUUACCAUGUUCUUGGCAUGCCACUUUCAUUGUGUAGUAGAGCAGUUGUUUAUAUUAAUACUGCUCCGCAAAAAGAACGAGUUCAUAUGUUUAUUUUUCGGUUUAUUCAGGAAACACUGCCGCAUGCAAUCUGGAAAUUUGUGCCUGGAACGGACAACCCGGCGGACUGUGCAACCCGCGGAUUGACUCCAAUUCAACUCGCUAAUCACGCUGCUUGGUGGACCGGACCAUCUUGGCUUCGGCAAAACCCUUCCUCCUGGCCUCAUCCACCUCAAUUAUCUAGCCAAGGAGAUAUCUUGGAAGAACGAUCAACUCACGUUUCUGUAAUAACCCCCGGUAAAUCUACUGAACCAUGGGACCUGCUGCGGCGAUAUUCAAGUCUAACUCGACUACUCCGAAUCACUGCUUGGUGCAGGAGAAGCGUCACCCGUUUUCGACGCGCUUUGAACGUGUCAUCUGGCCCGUUGACUACGCACGAGUUGGAAGCUGCCAUGAAUUUCUGGAUCAGGGCAAUUCAACAGUCUCAUUUCUAUCAUGAGCUCACACUUUUGUCAAAGGGCGACGUACUCCCACGCUCCAACUCACUCUUACGCCUCACUCCGAUCAUUGACUCAAGUGGUUUUCUCCGAAUUGGCGGGCGCCUUAACUCAUCUCUUCUUUCUCCUGAAGCAAAGCAUCCCAUCAUUCUUCCCCGAAGAUCUGCGCUCACCUCUCUAAUUAUCUCUGACGCUCACUUGCGAACGAUGCACGGAGGCACGCAGGUGACUUUGGCAUUUAUACGAAACAAAUAUGGGAUAAUCGGAGGACGAGCCCCAAUCCGGUCUCACAUCUUAAACUGCGUGAAAUGUACCCGAUACCGUCAGCAAAGGGCUCAACAACUGAUGGGUCAGCUUCCCAUCGAACGCGUGACUCCAUCUCGCCCUUUUUUGCACACCGGCAUUGACUAUGCUGGACCUCUUAUCCUUAAAACUUCGAGAGGAAAGAAUGCUAAAUCUUACAAAGCUUACAUUUCAUUGUUCGUUUGCCAGGUCACCUCCGCAGUGCAUUUGGAAUUGGUCACGGAUUAUACCACGGACGGAUUUAUCGCAGCGUAUAAAAGAUUCACAUCACGAAGGGGAAUUUGCGCUACUUUGCGUAGUGAUUGCGGCACAAAUCUCAAGGGAGCAGACUCCGAGCUUAACAGGCUCUUUUCCUCGGCUACAACGGAAUGCGGAGCAUUAGCAGAUCUUUUGGCGGACGACGGGACUCAAUGGCUAUUCAACCCACCAGCAGCUUCUCAUUUCGGAGGGAAGUGGGAAGCGGGAGUCAAAUCGGUUAAAUUUCAUCUGAAACGAGUAAUCGGAGACCACCAUCUCACUUACGAAGAAAUGUCAACGCUCUUAGCUCAAGUAGAAGCCGUCCUCAACUCUCGACCUAUCAGCCCUCUGACCGACGAUCCAGAUGACAUCAAGGCACUUACACCUGGGCACUUUCUAAUUGGUGGCGCUCUCGCCACUAUACCAGAACCAUCACUCGAACUCGAAAACCGCUCUCAUCUUUCACGAUGGCAACUCAACCGUCAGAUGCUGGAGAGUUUUUGGAAACGUUGGUCCCAGGAAUGUUUGCAACGCUAUCUCGCUGUUUAUAAAUGGAACCGAGCCAACCCUUCCAUUCAGGAGGGCUCUCUCGUGCUGGUCGUGGAUGAGCGCUACCCUCCAUCUAAAUGGCCCUUGGGACGAAUUGUGAAGACUCACCCCGGAAAGGAUGGACUCACCCGCGUCGUUUCAAUUCGAACGCAGACCUCUCUCCUGAAACGUCCGGUAGUCAAAAUCUGUCCAUUGCCGAUUCCCACUCAACCUGUGUAA